AUGCCUGCCCUCUCAAAGCGUAAAUCUCUCCCCGGAGGCUCUGAGGACGGGGGCGGUGGUGAGCAAGAAGUGGGGCAACCGGCCAAGAAGGCGAAAUGUGGCGGAAAGCCUGAUCCCAAACCGGUCAUUCACAAGCCAGCGCUCCUAGCGCUGUUCAAGCACGUCGAACCCAUGUUCCAGCUGACCCACAAAAUUCUGGGACGCCGCCUUAAAGUCACGCAGAAUGAAAUCGAAGUGCUCCAGUUGCAAGCCAAGGCGCGUAGUUGCACCUGUGGCGCCCCAAGUGCUGGCACUCUGCCGAGUGAAGGACCGGGGCUGGCGGCUGCUGGGCUGCCACUGCGUCGUAAGGCUUCUUUUGCUGCGCCUGUGGGCUAA